CCGCCCCCUCGCGCGCGCGCCGGGGAAAACGUUGCGCAGGUUCUAAAGCGGCGGCGGGGGCGCGGCCGCGCGCGAGGGGGCGUGUGAGGGGGAGCGGCGGGGAACGGCCGCCACCGGCACAGCCUCGGCCCGCCCGCAUGGAGCUGUCGGCCAUCGGCGAGCAGGUGUUCGCCGUGGAGAGCAUCCGCAAGAAGCGCGUGCGGAAGGGUAAAGUAGAAUACCUAGUGAAGUGGAAAGGAUGGCCCCCAAAAUACAGCACAUGGGAGCCAGAGGAUCAUAUCUUGGACCCUCGCCUGGUAGUGGCUUAUGAAGAAAAGGAGGAGAGAGACCGUGCAUCAGGGUACAGGAAAAGAGGUCCCAAACCAAAGCGCCUCCUACUGCAGCGGCUGUAUGGCAUGGACUUGAGGAGUGCUCACAAGGGAAAGGAGAAGCUCUGCUUCUCUCUUGCACGGAGGUUUGGAGGAGGAGACAGUAGCCUGCCAGGGGCCAAGACAGGGCAGGCAGAGUUCCCUGAGAAGACUGGGAGUGCAGUCCUGCCAUUCUCUCUCCGGAAGCAACGCAAAAACCAGAAGUACCUACGACUGUCAAGGAAGAAGUUCCCCCGCAUGGCGAGUCUGGAGAACCGGAACUGCAGGCAUGAGUUCUUCCUGAAUGAUGCAGUGGGCCUAGAGGCCAGGCAGAGCCCUGAGGACUGGGAGGCCACGCAGCACACCAGCAAAGAAGCAGCAGAUGUGGACGCCAGUCUCCCUUGGAUCCCCACUGUGCCCCCCAGCGAAGUGACAGUGACAGACAUCACAGCAAACUCCAUUACCGUCACUUUCAGAGAAGCACAAGUGGCUGAGGGCUUCUUUCGAGACCGGAGUGCGCAGUUCUGAAUCUCUGUUUGCAGCGCUCCCCAAAACCAGAUCUUUUAGGGUGGAGCUAGGGAAGGGUUAUGUUAUCCCAUAAGAGAAAAAAAAAAAUCCAAAAUGUCUCCUCUUAAAAUGUUUACAGAGACCUUUUUUUUUUUUCUCCUUUUUCCCCUUUCAGAUACGCAAAAAAGGGCAGUGUAGGGGGUGUGUAUUUGUCAUUGCUUUGUCCAGUUGAAAAACUGACAGCCCUUUCCCGGGCAAAGACUCCCAUCCUUGAUGUGAAAGCAGCAAGCUGAACAAUUCGCCUUUUAUCCUGUUAAGUGGCGGCAGCUGCAUUUGUGGGGAGAGGGCAUGUGGAGGUGGAAAGAGAGCUGGAUCUCUAGCCUGUCGCCUUGUUCUGCAAUUGAUAUCCCUUGGAUAAAGAUACAUCCCUGUACAUUGCUCUUCCCACCUUCCUCCUCCCUCUCUUCCUGCAGCAGUGAGAGGUGAUGGAUCCUACCUGUGUAGAUAACUCCAGCCUGCUAAGACUUUCUCUCCAGUGCUGUUUUCCCUGUGGCCUGCUGUCAGGACUUCAGAAGCGUAUUUGCCUGUCUGUGGUAAGUCAGUUUUUGCAGCACGGGUCCGUAUAGACAGCAGAGCUCUCUCCUUUUGGUUGUUGGUCAUGCGGAAAGAGUGAAAUGCAUCUCUGAAAUCCAAACUGGCAACAUAAAUUCAAUUUGCCCUCAUUAAAAGCUCAGAAAGCCAGCACAGUUGUGACAUACCAUUCUGUAUAUGCUAAACAGGAUUUCCGGGCUUGGCUCUGCUGCGUGAGGAAUGUGUUGUGGAAAGUAGGGUCUUCUUACCCUUUGCAAAAUUCAGUAUUAAUAACAAAUUCUGCCCUGAAUCUGUGGUAAUAAGUUGGUUGAAAACUGACUCCUCUCCCCUGAGAGGAGGGACUAAUAGGACAACUGAAGCUUUGCCUGGCACUGCAGAGAUAUCCAAGAUACUGGCACAGGCCCAGGACAUGGGAAUUGGACAGAACUGAGCUAGAAAUGGACCUUGAUUAGCAGCAGAUUCUGUUAUUGGAUCCCAUAGAGAGAUCCAAAAUAAACAACAUGUGGGGAAGGCAUAUAUUAGAUUUGAGCAGGGGAAAAAUUCCUGAUUCUUAGCAGUGAGAACUCUUGGAUUGUGCUGCCUGAGUGAUACUCUUUCAUGAUUCCAGUAUCCUCACAGUAUUUGUGAUCCUGUACUACUUUACUGAUAGGAACUUCCCCUUGGAAGACUUAAAAAUCUUUGCCAAGGGAAGCGGACUGCAUUUCAGUAGACCCGCCUAAUCUUGCACUUAAAAAUGCCUUGUGCUGGACUGCCUGUGACACUUUGAGGUUUUUGAAGAAUUGCUUGAAUAUUGAAGAAUUUUGAGUUGGUAGUUUAGCAUAGCAUCUAUUCUUGCACAUGCAUGUUCUCUUCCAUUUUUAAAAGCAAAUUUUAUUUCAAUAACUUAACUUUUUAAAUAUUGACCUUUUCCAAUGGAAAGCAAGAAAAGUAAGGUAGUCUAAAGUGGGAACUGUGGGACAGAGUACUGCAGGGUAACAUUGGCUAGUGUCAUGAUUACUGUCCUCAAAAACUAUGUUUCCUUACUCCACCCCAUCUGAAGCAUCUCUUAUCUGCUGUAUUUAUUCAAAAUGAAGCUAUGAGCCUUCUUAGCUCUGAGAUAAAGACACCUGUGGAGAUCCUCAAUGUGUUUGUUUGAGGGGCUUGGCUCCUGGCAUGCACAAUUUGGGAGCUCUAGGGUUUCUGAUCCUCCAAACAUCUACUUAUCAUAAAGUGCUUAGACUGCCACUGUGGAUUUUUACUAGAAGCAGUUUUUACCUCAUUUAGGAUAUGGCAGCUCAGAUUUAGGAUUUCUUCUUCCAUCUCAGAGCUGUUGGAGCAGGUCUGUCUUUCAUGCCAUCAGAGCAGUUUCAGGAUCGCUGGGAAGAUCUUGAAUUUCUGGACUGACCUUUUGCCUCUCAGAGAAGUAAGAUGGGAGUUUUAUUAUGGAGAAAUCUGAGAGGGUGAGAAGUGGAAGCUGGGGUGGAAUUAUGUGGUGGGAGGAAGAGUGAGUGGGAAAGAAGCUUGCAAUAGCUAGCAAGGGCAAGCUGAUGAGGUAAGCAUGCAGGCGCAGGAUGCUUGUUGAACGUGGGUGUCCAGAGCGAGGCUUCUGUGUCUGGAGUUGCACCCUUUUUUGCAGGAUGUGGGGUCAGACGGUGUUGUUACCAUCACCCACACACCCCCUCUUCCUGACACCUGCCAAAUAUGCUGAAUACAUGGCAUCUCUCUUCUGUUGUGACUGGUGGACAUGCCACAUGGCCCAGUCCACUCUUGUGGGUUGGAGCAGGUCAGGUAGUGAUGGUUGCAGAAGCGUAGUGUUUUAGCUCAUUUUUCAAAAAGUCUUGAACUGCAGCUCAUCCUGCUAAAGCUUUGUGGCAUUUAUAGGAUCUGGUUUCUUUAUUCUAAUGCAGCAACUGGUGCCUUUGUCAUGUCUUCAUCUCAGUGUAAAAAUGCAUCAAAAAAAGCUUUCUAUUUACUAAGUUCCUGGCUUUGGCUGACAUUGGAGGCAAUAUCAAUCCUGCAGCAGGAAAAAGCUUGUCCUAAUAAACUAGAUUUCCAUCCUCUGCUUUUCUCUCCACUCUCCAGCUGACACUUCUCAACACUUUGUUUUGGCAUUUUUCUUUAAACAUACUUUCUGUCUCUUGCAGUGGAAUUUUCAAAGACCUGUGGUGGUCUUUCAAAGAGGAUCCACCCACAGCUUCAUAUCUUAAUCAUUUUUUUGGAUCAGGCUGUCUAGUGUUCUGCUGGUGACUAAUCAUCUUGCUACACAAAGUGUGGAACAAAGUACCUGUCUGCCAUGCUGCUUUGUGUCAAGGAGGAGUUAACCAUAAUGGGGUUAAGACACAACAAGCUGCAUGUGCGUGGGUUUGGAGGAGAAAGUGUGAUUGGGAGUUUGUGGUAGGAAACUAAGCAGUUACUUCAUUGUCGUGGACUUUUUUUUUUGACAUUCAUGAAUUCUUGUUUAUCUCAAAGAACUUCUUGAGAAGAUUUUUCUCCUGAUCUUUUAAAAAUGUAGCUCUGUUCCACACUGUCUGCUGACAUAUCACUGUAAACUUCAUUGGUAGAGCUGGUCUUCAGGGACUUUAAAAUUAACUUUAUUCCAUCUUUGCAGGUAUAGAGAGGGUUUCACUAGUGAUGGAAAGACAAGUUGUCUGGGUUUGUCUCUUCUCCCCAAUACUGUCGAUCUGCCAGUUCAACCCAAAACCUGGCAAUUGAAUUGGGACCUCCUGUGCUAACAUAUCAUGAAAAUCAGAUGCUGUGUUUGGAUCUUUGUUAAGCAUUCCGUUUGAUUAGAAGAGCCAGAAUAGCAUCCAGCUGAAGCUGAGUUUAAUAAUUCUAUUUGAAGCACAGGCUGAGAAUAGAAAUGGGCUAACUCUCCCAUACCUUGUUUGGCUCCAUGGCUGUAAACAAAAAAAAAUAAACUUCAGCCAGUGGAAAUUACUGAACUGUACACAAGAAACAACCUUCUCAGAUAACUGCUCUAAUAGUCAUUCUUAGAACUGUUUCCAUGUGAAAAUUUACCAGCAGUGUUGGGGGACAGAAGUGUUUAUUUUAUAGAUCUUGCAGUGAACUCACUGUAUUUGUGAUAGACCUGAGGGAGUUCAUGAGGCUGGAAAGCCUUUUUUGUUAACACUGUGUUUAAAAAAAAAAAAAAAAAAUCUAUAUGGAAAGGACUGCCUCUGUUCCUGGAUGGUUAUAAAAUAAAUGUUAUUGCUCUGAUUUACAAGUGAUGCCUUGGAACAGCAAGUUUUAACACGUGAAUAGUGGCAUUAAGUAGCCUCCUGCAUGCUCCUUAUUGUCUUGCAUUUGCUUGGGGGCCCUUCUGCUUGUGAAGUCAGACUAAGGUGAUUUUACGAUUUUAUUUUCCCUUUUUUUUUUUUUUCCAAGCAAGACCAGGAUAUUAUUGUGAGAACACCCAAAAGCAGUUCCAUUUGCCAAAAUAAGCCCAAAUUUGUUAGUGAAUUGACUCUUGUUUAUGUCAGAGCUCAGACAUAGAGAAGCUUUUUGAGAAAUGAAUGGCUUUUUUUGUUAUUAGUGUUGUGAAACUGUCCAGAAUUGUUCUUCUGGUGUUUUGUGACUGAAUGUAUAAAAUUGUUUGUUCACCUCACAGGGGGCCCUUGGUCCCAGUACUGUUUCAUGCUGUAUGCCAGCUAGUGCUGCUUGAUGGUUUCACUGGAAUAGAGAAGGGAGGCCUCACACAGGUUGAAAAAUAAGCAGGGCACCUCAGGCAAGUCCCUCCAUGGUAGCCACAACAGAGGCCAGUGUGUGGAAGACAGUGGGGGCUGCCAGCCACAUUUAGGCAAAGCAAAGUCUACCACCACCUCCUCUCCACCUCUUCCUCUGCUCUCAAGCUUUGAGCUUUUGUUUUCAGAUGUAGGGAAAGUACAAAAACCUCCUUUUUAAAAGCAGAUUGGUAUCUACCCAUCUUAUAUUCCUCCCUGGCUUACCUGCAACCUAGGAAGAAGAGGGCGAUGGGCCCUCUUUAUUAUUUUAUAUUCCCUCUUCCAGGAAAAUAAUAGGGACAAAUGCUGGUCAGGGAAAGGAGGGACAGAGUUGCCUCAGAGCUGCUCUCACUAGGUGGUUGAGGAGAGGCCUUUGGGUGAGCUGGCAGUUGAGAGAGAAGGUGUGUUAUAAACAAAGAACUUGUAGUGAAAUUGAUCCCUUGCAUCUGUGAAUCGAAUGGGCCUGCAGAGAGGUGAGAGCUGCAUUUAUGUAUCAGUCUUCUGCUGUUUGGGAAUGCAAGGAAGAUGUGUACGUUGACAAAUUACUACAUGAAAAUGUACCGCAUUGGAACACAUUGCUUUUGCCAUGCUUGUUGUAAAAGUCUUCCCUGUUUUGAGACAGUAGCUUAUGAUCGACAGGCCUGAACUUAGUUCAGUGCCUGAACUUACUGUCCUCACAGAGAAAGUGUGAGCUUCUGGGUGUCAAACCACCUGGAUUCCACACAUCAAGGUGGUCAAGAUAGGAAGGCUUAUAAAACAGCCCCAGGACAAUUUGAAGGAGAGAGAAGGAAUCACUUAAAAUGGAAUUCAGACCCCUCAAAUCCUUUCCUGUAACUAGUACUUGCUGUAGAGAUGAUCUUUUUUUCUCUUCCACCUCUUUCUCUUUCCCCCUUAAUUUCUUGAAGUGCAGGGAGCAGGCGGGAGAUGAUCCCUGGGAGUGGUAGAGGUGCAGGCCUCCAUGGGAGCAUUUGGGGCUGCUGUGGAUUGCUACAAAGUUGGGAUGGGGUAGAAUUCCUAAGACUGUUCAGAACCUCCAUCACAGCUUAUCUCAUUACUGGGGUAGCAAAAUUUUGGCUGGGAGGGGAAUUUUGGAGGAGGAGGAGGUGGAAAACCUUUUUUAUUAUUAUUGUUGGUUUUUAACCAGAAAAUGUAGUGUCAGCACAAAGAGGCUUUUUGCAAAUCUGUCAAAAUGUUAAGCAGCUUUUUUUUUUGCUUUUAAAUCUGAAGUAUGUUUCGAAGCACUUUGGAAAUGCAAAGCACUAGGAGUGCUAAGUACUCCUUAUCGUCUGUCUAAAAGUGGCAUUUGAAAAGCAAAAGAUGUAUCUGUUUCAGGCCGCUGGCUGCUCCUUAUCAUUUUUCUAGAGCUGUCACCCAGCCUUUUGCCUCCCUCCCAUGGGGAGGCAAUGCCAGGAGCAGAGGGUUCCCUAAGGGAGGAGACCUGCUAAAUCCCUCGCUUGCCAUUGGGGCGCAGGUUGGCUUCCUCCGUCCCCACCUCCUUUGAUCAAGGAAAGGGAAAAAUGAAGUUGAGUUUCAGUCUGAGUGGUCCUAGUCUGGAACUAUGACCAUUUCUUCCAGCUCCAGAGACAUCUUUAUAGAGUUUCUUGUCUGAAAAAUUGCACCUUAUUAGCUUAAUUGAGGAACGAGGAGAUGUCUGUCCUUCUGAAGGGAGUGGGGAGAGGAAGGGAGGGUGAACCAGGAGCUGUCUUCAGUAGCUGCUGGAUUUCUCCAGAGGCCAUUUCCUCACCUAAUCUCCAACAGAACAGCAACAAAAGAACUAAUAUAAUUUUGAUGAAGCUUUUGUUCUAUGUAUCUCAAGAACCUUCUGAGCAGGCUAAGGGCAGAGAACCCUUUUCCCUCACCUAGUCAGCUCUGUGGCGUGGGGGGUCAACACACCAGUUCUCUCGCUGGGUCUUCAGCACCAACCUUUUCCCUCAGCGUACGCACAUCGUUAGAACGCUUUUGCACACUGACUCAUCUGAUUUGGUGUGCUCCCUUUCUGUUGCAGGGGGAAGAUGGGGCACAAUGGGGUCAGCUAGAGGGGAGGGUCCCUGAUUAUUUUUGUUCCUGUCUCUUCAGUUGUUGCUGUUGUUCCUGUCAGCACGCUAGAGUAUUGGAGUCUUUGCACACAGAAAGCUUCCUUUUGCACAGAAUGAGCUUCUAGCUUUUGUACAGACUAAUUGAAUGUAUUUGGGGAGGGGGGGGAAAUAGGGAGUAAACCAAUUCCAUACAAACCAAUCAGAGUAUAAUGCCUUUUCUGAGCGAGUAUGUGCUGUAAAAGGAGAUUGUAAUAGCAAAGGGAGGGCAGGCUCAAGUAUAAUUUGACACAAAGUGUGGUUUUAUUUUUGUACUGAUAUGGAUCAAAGACUGUACAGCAUCUAUUUAUUUAGAUGAUUUAUGUGGUAAAUGUUGCAAACAAAAUUAUUAAAAUAUUAAAUAUGAGAACUGACAUUUA